GUAAGAACCACCCACCCCCGGUGUUUCUCAGGAUUAUAGGUUUUUAGGUCAAACAGAAACCCUGGGAGCGCCCGAAAGAGCCCCGCACACGCAGUUACAUUAUCCACCAGCCGGAUGACACUGACCCCGCUACUGCGGUGUGUUGGGGAGGCUGCUGUGCCUGAAAUUUGUGGGGAUUCUCUCAGUGUGGCUGGAGGCAACCAGCAGCACAGGGGAAGGGCUGGGCUCUGAAGUCCUGAAGCUUUCCCUGUGGGCAGAAGGCUGCGCUGAAAACCGCCCGCCCCUCCGUUCCUUUCAGAAGCUGGACCAGCGUGCCCUCCCCGCUGGCAUCCUUUGUCAUCCUUGGAGUCCACGAUGGAAGAAACACAGGAGCCUCUGGCCAUGACUGUCCACCUCCUCGCCAACUCUGGGCAUGGCUCACUUCUGCAGCAAACCCUGGACCAACUCCUGGACCGCAUUUGCCCACAGGUCCGUCUCUUUCUGGUGUCCGAGCGGGUCAGUCCGGCGAAAUACUAUGACAAGUGCCACUCCAGGCGGUCACGAUUCCCGGGGAUGUCUGUUUUGCUCUUCCUGCAUGAGAGCCUCGGGGAGGAGCGGCUAUGUCGCGUUCUCGACUCCCUCCAGCAUUGGCCAUGGCAGUGCUACCCUGCCCAGAACGUGCAGGGAAGACCGUGCCCCUACAUUCUCGCCAGCCAGGAAUUCUACAGUCUGGACCACCAGAUGCCCGUCUGGGGAGUGAGGCAGGUGCACGGUGACACCGAGAUCCUGAGAGUGACGCUCUAUUGCAGCUUUGAUAACUACGAGGAUGCCAUCCAGCUGUAUGAAAUGAUCCUGCAGAGGGAAGCCACCUUGCAGAAGAGCGACUUCUGUUUCUUUGUGCUCUAUGCCACCGAGAGCUUUACUCUGCAGCUCUCCCUGAAGCAGCUGCCCCUCGGAAUGGCGGUGGACCCCAAAGAGGCUUCGGUGUUGCAGUUCAAGGUUCAAGAGAUUGGCCAGUUAGUGCCUCUCCUGCCCCAUCCUUGUGUCCCCAUCAGCCGCACCCGCUGGCAAACACAGGACUAUGAUGGCAACAAGAUUCUACUUCAGGUCCAGUUGAAUCCAGGACCUGGACUUAGGAAGGGCAUCUCGGGAGCUGACAUGCUCCCCCAGGGCUCCAAGCUGACUCCUGUCUCUGCAAUUAGGACCCUAGAGCCAAGGAACCGAAGGAACCGCGGCAGGAGGUUCAAGAUGGGCUCUGGGGAGUGCCCUGAGCCCGGUGGAAGACCAGGGUCAGACAGCUCCAGUGGCGCUUCAUGGAAAAGCCCUGGCCACUCAUGCCAGCCCAGCAGCCCAGCCACAGAUUCUCAGCUGCAUCUGCCUUCUCUCCACCUCGAAUAUGGGGCCAGAAUAAAGGUCCUCAGACAGGAACAGACCUUUGAGGUGCUGGAGGCAGAGACAAAUGUUGACACAGGAUUCACUGUGGUCAGUUCUGAACCCAAGCAAUCUUUUCUGAGUGGAUUUGCAAGGGAUCUGCAGACUCACCAGCCACCAUCCUGCUUGCCAGCCUCUUCCUUACAGGCAGCCGCUUCCAAACACAACAGACUCUUUAAGGAAAGGGUCCAUCCUUUGUCAUCUGCUGGUCAAAGGGACCUUGGUGCCAGGAAGAUGAUCUCAAAAUGUCCCCUUCCUCUGCCCAUCCAGGGUGAAGAAAAAGAAGCAGAAGAAGAAUUCUUUAUAUAGCAUAAGACAACUGUGGUUUUCUAAAACAUAAGAUCAAAUAGAAUGUUCUAGAAAUGGAGCAUUGACCCAGAAUCAGCCUGUUUCUAGUUCAUCUGAGGGGGCCUGAAUGCUGGCCACACAUGGAUUUGUACUGCUUUUAUUUCAAAUCUUCAAAGUCUAGCGGUGCUGGUGAGUGGGUGUUCAUUUACCAUCAUGGUCAUAAGGGAACAGCCAACACAUGGGGUAAAAGCCCAGCGCCUCCUGUUCUUGGAGACACACUAACCCAGCUGGGCGUGUUGAGUUCAACACCUUAUUAGGAUAAUUGUGUUGUAUGCAAAUGAGUCGAAUGUGUAUGCAGUGCUGAUUAGUGUCUGUAAUUGGUUUUAAUUUUUCCUUGGGUUGCAUAGCUCAUCCCCCCGGAGAGCAUGGACUCUUUAUUCUUUGGUGUUUUUUAAUUUUCAUAUGACCUCAUUCGGUAACUAGGCCCUGUUCACCACGUUCCCUCUAGUGAUUUUUGCCUUAAAAGUUGUUUGCAUCUGGAAUGAGUUAACAAGCAACGUGUUUUGAAAAUUGCGAACCAUUUUUUUUUCCCCUGUUUAAUGAGCAGCAACCCUAGGAGUCAAAAAAAUCAGGUUAAAAUGAAAGCUCGUCUCUAAGGCUGUCCUGCUCCUCCAUUUCUUGUGUAUUUCUAUACGACUCCGCUGGGGCCAGUGGAUCAUGGAAUUAACUAGAGAGAAGUGGGGUAUGAUCGGCUGAUUUGAGAUCGCCACUGGGAGGAAGAUUGGGUCCAGUUGGGUCCCUGGAGCAGGACUUGGGUUCUUUUGGUCCGUGUUUGAAUUCCUAAAUUGCUUUGCAAUACGCAUUCCUUCAUUCCUUCAUGCAACAAAUUGUGUUGAACACCUACCUUUGCAUAAGACAUUGGCAUGUGAUACACGUAACAUUCCAUGGCCAUCACAUCCCCCAACUGUUUAUGGUUUCGCUACAUGACACACCCCUUCUAUCAACACUUGAGAACAGGUUGAAGUUCAAAUUCAUUUCUUGGGGAAACAUUUCCACAACUGAUACCACACUUGCUGCACAAGGCUGCAGUAAGAACUCACAGUCUGUGGAUGGAGACUGGGCAUAUUAUGAAUCACAAUUCUAAUCAUAAUGGACAAAUUCUCAGUUGCUCAUAUGAUGUAUUAUUUGGUUGAGUCUAUACAUUUAAAUCUAUACAUAUUUUUU